AUGUUUUGUUUUUUGUAUGCUUUAGUUUCAGCUAAUUGGAAUAAUGAAGAAGGCCACACCUUUUCCUUCCUGGACUAUCUAAUACUGUAAGUGUCACACUUCUUUUUUAAGGGCUCAGAAACUCAUGUAUAAUUCGAACACAACUAUUUUAGACACCCUGAUUUUUAGUUGGUUGACAGUUUUCCUCUUUUGAUGAGUUUAAAGAGAGCAAUUGAAGAUUGAUUAGUGUCGUCAGGAAAAUAAAUACUUGGCAAAAAAAUUAGCAAAUAAUACAGCAAUGAUUAAAAGUGUGCCAAAUUUCACUGGGUGUUGAAAGAACUCAGAUCUUCACCGCUCCCCACCAGUCUUCCUUAAGAAAUCAAUGAAUGACUAUUUGAUAUUAAUGAUGAAAUUAUUUGCUUAGUAUCUGUCUUAACAGGGUGUAUUUUCAGCGGAAGACAGUUUUCCAGAGGUCACCGACUGAUUCUUCUCAAGUGACGCCUUAAACAAGAAAGACGAUCACAGGUAAAAAAACACUUAAGAACUUCUUUGAUGUAUAGAUUAAAGCUGCUCUAAAGUCAAGAAAGACGAUCGAAGGUACUGUGUAAGAAAGAUCGCAGACAUAAAAAGAAGGAAAGAAAAAUCCACCAGAGUUACAUGGAAAUAUAAAGACAGGAUAGACCCGUUGAAAAACACAUAUUUCCCUGCACCCAACAUCUAAAAUUCCUGAAUUCUCAAACCGUAUUUUAAAUGCUUUUUUUGGAUUAUUUUUAACAAACGUUUUUGAUUAAGGAAAUCCAGCUUGUUAUUGUUUGUCAGCCUUAUGUUUUGUUUUUUUGUAUGCUUUAUUUUCAGCUAAUUGGAAUAAUGAAGAAGGCCUCACUUUUUCCUUCCUGGACUAUCUAAUACUGUAAGUGUCGCACUUCUUUUUUAGGGGCUCAGAAGCUCACUUAUAAUUCUAACACAAGUAUUUUAGACACCCUGAUUUUUAAUUGGUUGACAGUUUUCCUCGUUUGAUGAGUUUAAAGAGAGCAAUUAAAGAUUGAUUAGUGUCGUCAGGUAAAUAAAUACUUGGCAAGAAAAAUUAGCAAAUAAUACAGCAAUAAUUGAAAUUGUUCCGAAUUUCAGUGGCUGUUAAAAGAAUUCAGAUCUUUGCCACUCUCCGCAAGUCUUCCUUAGGAAAUCAAUGAAUGACUAUUUAAUAUGAAUGAUGAAAUUAUUUACUUAGUAUUUGUCUUAACAGGCCGUAUUUUCUGCAGAAGACAGUUUUCCAGAGGUAACCGACUGAUUCUUCUCAAGCGACGCCUUAAACAAGAAAGACGAUCACAGGUAUGCAAAAAACACCUGACAAUGACUUUGAUGUAUAGAUUAAAGACUGCUCUUAAGUCAAGAAAGACGUUCGAAGGUACUGUUUAAGAAAGAUGUGAGACAUAAAAAGAAGAAAACAAAAAUCCACCAGACUUACAUGGAAAUGUAAAGACAGGAUAGACCCGAUGAAAAACACAUAUUUCCCUGCACCCAACAGCUAAAAUUCCUGAAUUCUCAAAUCUUAUUUUAAAUGCUUUUUUUUCGAUUAUUUUUAGCAAACUUCUUUGAUUAAGGAAAUCUAGCUUGUUUUAGUCUGUCAGACUUAUGUUUUGUUUUUUGUAUGCUUUAGUUUCAGCUAAUUGGAAUAAUGAAGAAGGCCGCACCUUUUGCUUCCUGGACUAUCUAAUACUCUAAGUGUCGCACUUCUUUUUUAAGGGCUCAGAAGCUCAUGUAUAAUUCGAACACAACUAUUUUAGACACCCUGAUUUUUAAUUGGUUGACAGUUUUCCUCUUUUGAUGAGUUUAAAGAGAGUAAUUGAACAUGGAUUAGUGUCGUCAGGAAAAUAAAUACUUGGCAAAAAAAUUAGGAAAUAAUACAGCAAUGAUUAAAAGUGUGCCAAAUUUCACUGGGUGUUGAAAGAACUCAGAUCUUCACCGCUCCCCACCAGUCUUCCUUAAGAAAUCUAUGAAUGACUAUUUGAUAUUAAUGAUGAAAUUAUUUGCUUAGUAUCUGUCUUAACAGGGUGUAUUUUCAGUGGAAGACAGUUUUCCAGAGGUCACCGACUGAUUCUUCUCAAGUGACGCCUUAAACAAGAAAGACGAUCACAGGUAAAAAAAACACCUCAGAACUACUUUGAUGUAUAGAUUAAAGACUGCUCUAAAGUCAAGAAAGACGAUCGAAGGUACUGUGUAAGAAAGAUCGCAGACAUAAAAAGAAGAAAAGAAAAAUCCACCAGAGUUACAUGGAAAUAUAAAGACAGGAUAGACCCGUUGAAAAACACAUAUUUUCCUGCACCCAACAGCUAAAAUUCCUGAAUUCUCAAACCUUAUUUUAAAUGCUUUUUUGGAUUAUUUUUAACAAACGUUUUUGAUUAAGGAAAUCCAGCUUGUUAUGGUCUGUCAGCCUUACGCUUUGUUUUUUGUAUGCUUUAGUUUCAGCUAAUUGGAAUAAUGAAGAAUGCC